AUGGUCACUCGGGAUCGAGCUGAGAAUAGGGACGGCCCCAAGAUGCUGAAGCCGUUGGUGGAGAAGCGGCGCCGGGACCGCAUCAACCGCAGCCUGGAAGAGCUGCGGCUUCUACUGCUGGAGAGGACCAGGGACCAGAACCUACGGAACCCGAAGCUGGAGAAAGCGGAGAUUCUGGAGUUCGCCGUGGGCUACUUGAGGGAGCGAAGCCGGGUGGAGCCCCCGGCGCCGGCUGCACCAGGGGCUCCCCGGUCCCCAGGCCAGGACGCCGAGGCGCUCGCCAGCUGCUACUUGUCCGGUUUCCGCGAGUGCCUGCUUCGCUUGGCGGCCUUUGCGCACGACGCCAGCCCGGCCGCCCGCUCCCAGCUUUUCUCCGUGCUACACGGCUACAGGCGCCCCAAACCGCCCAGGCCAGAGGCCGUAGAUCCAGGGCUCCCAGCGCCGCGCCCACCGCUGGACCCUGCUGCACCCAUCCUUGGCCCCGCGCUGCACCAGCGCCCCCAAGUGCACCAGGGCGCCCCUAGUCCCCGCUGCGCUUGGUCCCCAUCCCACUGCUCCCCUCGCGCCGGGGAUGCCGGCGCGCCGGCGCCCCUCACCGGACUGCUGCCGCCGCCGCCGCCGCCUUACAGACAAGACGGGGCGCCCAAGGUCCCGCCACUCCCACCGCCCGCCUUUUGGAGACCUUGGCCCUGA